AUGGAAUUGAAGAUUUUGUUCAUCACAGUCUUGUUUCUUGGGGCCAGUGCAGCAUUUUCUCUACGAGAGGAGCAGGAAGAUGCUCUAAAUGAAUAUGAAGCUCAAGAGCUCGAGGAAAUGAGCAACGAUGAAGCAGAAUAUGAUCUGGAAGACCCAGCCAAAGGUCGUAAACUUCUCUGCCCAAAACUGUUUGUCCGAAGGUGCUACAUAGUCAAAUACUGCUAUCGUUACUUACGCAUUUGUCGCUGUGUUCCAUUUAAAAAAUAUGGGGACGAGACUGGAUUUGACAAUCGAUUGAAUGACGAAAUGCUUGAAACCCCAGAAGGUGAAGCAGAGAACUUUGAUGAAAUGAGUCAAGAACUUGAAGAUCCCUCAAAGAAAGUUCCUAAACCUAAACCUCCAAAAUGUCCGAAAAAGUUGAUCCGAAAAUGUUUCCUAGUUAAAUAUGGAAAAAGCCGACGAAUUGUUUGUUCUUGCGUUAAACGUUGCCCAUAUCAUUAUGGAGACGAGAGUGAAAACGACUAUAAAGUUCCUCAGUAUUGAUAUGUUCGAUAAAAGGACAGGACGCCCAAUGAUGCUUUAGUGCUAGGUUAAGUGCGAAGAGAGCGAUAAUUAGAAAACAUUGUAAUAGUAAUGAAAGCUUUGCAAUAAAAUUGGGAUUACGGUAAAAUACUCUUUUGUUCGUUUUUGUUUC